AAAUCUGGAUGCUUUGGUCAUUUAAACAAAAGUGAGAGGGAAAGUGAGAGUCAGUCGACUGCAUGAAAGUGGUUGGAGCCAGUGUAGCAAACACGCUGGGUUUUUUCACUGCGUGAACACUUGGUUUUGCUGAUGGACUACAAUGCAGACACAGCCAAACCUCUCUCUCUCUCUUUUUCUCUCUCUCUCUGAAAAUCAUUUGGAGUUAUCACUAGAAGUGUUUUGAGAGCUGAAGUUUUCCUGCCCUUAUUUUGUGUAUACUUUAUUUUUUACUUUGAUUAAAUAAGAAGAAGCUAAUCCACACUUCUGGAGCAUUUUAUCAUUUUUAAUUUGCUUGCUUUGGUUGAUGCUUUGGGGACUGUUUCUGGAAAGAGAAGCUUGCUUAUAGAAAAACCAAAUAUUCACUCUGUCAAGUGGAAUUUAUAUUGAAGGUAGCCCUAGAAGACUCUCUGUAGACUUUAAUCCAUGUAGCACAUUCAGCACCAACCCCAGUGGGACUCUGUCCAAGCUCAGGAUGUCAGAAGAAUCAUGUCACCAGCCACCUGAAUUUUAUACAGCUGAUGAUAUGGUUUACAGAGAUGGUCCUGUACCAGGCAUGUACAGACUUGUAUUUGUGAUCAGACCCAGCAUAUACUGAAACAACCACAAGGGUGGCAGAGACUCCCUCCAAUCAGCUGGCUUUGCAUGCACUCAGUGCUGGAGAGUUACUAUGCAGUUUGGACUGUUCACUGUGCUUGUCUUGAUCUUGAUGGAUAUUGCAGACAGCAGCAAGGUUGUGAAGGGGAGGAGACACAAGAGAAGAAGUACAGAGGUGAGCCUAGGCUGCGCUAAAGGAUGUGAGGCUUGUUCUGAGUUUAAUGGAUGCAUCAAGUGCUUACCAAAGCUUUUUAUCCUUUUGGAAAGAAAUGAUAUUCGACAGACUGGGGUCUGCUUACUAUCCUGUCCUUCAGGAUACUAUGGCGAUCGUAAUCGGGAAAUUAACAAGUGUAUGAAAUGUAAAAUGAAUAACUGUGAGGACUGCUUCAGCAAGACGUUUUGCACAAAGUGUAAUGAUGGUUUCUACUUACACAAAGGAGGUUGUUACUCCACUUGUCCGGAGGGGUUCGUCAUAGCAAAUGGCACAAUGGAAUGCAGUUCCGCACAAUGUGAAAUGAGUGAGUGGGGGUCUUGGAGCCCAUGUACAGCAAAACAGUGUGGGAAAAAAAAAGGAAAUGAAGAAAGACGUCGGACGGUCCUGAAGGCACCACCUGGUGGUGCAUCAUUGUGUCCACCCACCAAAGAGAGGAGGAAAUGCACAAUGCCCAAAAUCCCAUGCCCAAAAGGACAAGUAAAGACGAACAAGAAUAAGAACAAAAACCAAAACAAGGCAGUUGGAACAGGAAACAGGAAAAAGAAAAAACAACAGCGAGUGACCUCCAUUCCUAUCACUCCUUCUAUCCCAGCAAAGUAACUAUAGGGUCCAGCCACAAACAAGAGAUUAAUGCUGCUACGUAUCUUAGACGCUUUCUUGAACUGGAGCACUGCUACAAAUUAAGCACCUACACGAUCGGCGAAUGCAAAACUUUAUGGUUAGAAAAACGAGUUUAUAUUGCCAUGAGUUUGGGACUUUUUUGCCCAGAACUUUUUCUAAGGAAAAACAGGGUAAAGCAUCAUUUCAUGGACAAUGCAGAGAAAGCAUUAUAUUCUAGUAAAACUUUAACACCUUUGGAGGUGAUACUAAGUAUAUUUCAACUUCGAUAGAAGUUACAAUGGCUGGAAAAGGACAUAAGAAUCACCAGUAAACCGUGGGUAUUCAUGUCGCCAAGAAGAUUCCCCACCGUUGCUUCCCCCCCCCCUCCCUUUUAAUCUGUAUUUUCAGAUGUCUGUAUGACUUAUUCUUUGGAGAGUAUAUGUUAAACCCUCAUGAAACCAUAUUUGUGGUCAUCACCAUGAAACUACAGUACUUUAAAGAAAACACUUAUUUUAAAAUGUUACAAAACAACAAGCUUCUAAAGGAGAACAUUAAAAAGAUACAUCACUGAGAAUGGGACAGUGAAAAUGAACUAAAAAAAAAGUUUUAUUUUCAAAUGGAUUUGUAAGUGUUUUAUUGUUAUAAAAGAUGGUAAUUAAAUAACAUAAGGAAAAUAUUGUAUGAGUGAGAACACAUUGGUUUCAAGUUUGUUUAAUUAUAGAUUGCACACUUUAAGUAAAUUGGUUGGAUUAUCAUAAAAAAUAGGUACCCAAAAAAUAAUGUAUACAGAAAUCUCGGUAACCAAUUUUUAAUUGGAGGAGACCGUCUAGUUUCAAUCUUGCUACAAUAGAAAAUGUAUGUGUGUUUACGCUGAAUAUAAUACAGCUACAGUACUACUUUCCUUUGUGGAAAGCAGAGGUGUCACUAGGAGGGUGCUGGGGUGCGGACCUCACUCGUGUGUCAUCCUCUGAGGAUUGACCUCAAAAUGGCAGAUUCUCCUCAGUGACUAGGAACUGGAUGCUGCACUGUGACAUUAUCAUGCAGCGCCAGGCUCAUGUCACUGAGAACAAGCCGGCAGUUCAGGUGGAGUAUCUGGAGGUAGUCCAGAUCUCUGGAAAUUGUAGGCAUGCCCCCAGAGUGAUAAAAACAGGGUCAUGCUACGAGGUCACACCCCUUUUUGGUCUAUUUGGUCACUGAUCCCAGUUACACCCCUGGUGGAAAGAUAAACAAAAAGCUAUAUUUCACACUUAAUUAAUUAAACCACCACAUGGUUUUUUUGGUGAACACAGUGUCAUCAAUGAUGCUGUUUUUGUUCUAGUCAGCAAAUUCCUGCCAGACAAUACCCAACAUCAUAUUGCACCAUUCAAUUGACUACAAGAUCAUGCUCAGAAAUUUACAAGCAUAUUAUACUCAGCAAAUACAUUUGUUAUACCUAGAAAAUGGCUAGCAUAUCACACCCAGCAGAUCCUACAUAACACAUGUACAAAAUCUCUUACAAAACAAAUGAAAUUAAAGGUGGGUAGUACGGUACACACUGAUAGAUAUAUCUGCAGAUUAAUUGAUCUGCAGAUAUAUCUAUGGACGGAUUGGGCAGUGUGCUGUGCAUAAACACUGCCCGAACCAUCAGGGACUGACUUCAUGAACUGGGCGGGCGUGUACACACAGUUCAGCUGUCAAUCAUCGCCGGCUGCCGCAGUAUGUGUAUGGGCGGUCGGCUGGUCGCCCGUACACACAGCGAUGCACCAAUAUAUCGGUAGAUAUAUUGGCCGUCGGCUGUGCUGCAGGGCUGACGCGAUAUGUUUGUGAACGACAGAGUUCACAGACAUAUCGCCCGUACACACUGGCCGACGGACCCGCAUUAUAUCGACCGUUCAAUAGAACAGCCGAUAUAUCGGUCAGUGUUUACGGACCAUACGUCUAAAACUAGUAUACCAUCAUCAUCAUCAUACUGUUCCAAGCAAAGGGAAUGACCUGUAAAGAAUCAUACCUAGCAUAUGACCUUCAGAAUGUUAUACCCAGUUAAUGAUCUAAAUUUGUCACCAAAGAACUGGCUAGCAUAUGAUUUCAAGGGUUUUCUUUCAUACCAAACAUAUGGUUCUAAAACCUGGUGCUUUUGAAUGUGUUU